CAGAGAUCAGGGCUUAGAUGUUGAGCCCUCUGUCGCCGGCGGCCCCCGGAGCAUGUACUCCUCCCUGAGCACUCUUGGUCGCAGCCAGUACCCAACCUUACCUUUAGGAGCCAGCACCUCCAACAACAUAUGGAUUCCUCAGUACCCAACACUGGCUCGCAGCACCUCAGCCGGGGGGCAGUCUGACUCUGUCUUUCUUGACGGACCCGACGACCCCUCACUGCCCCCAGCCAGCCCCGGACGCUACUGCAAAGACCCAACCUACUCCAAUGGGAGCCAGGGCGACCUGGAAACAGAUGGGCCAAAUGGCUUUCAUCAUCCUCAUCACCUUCAUCACUCUCUGCCCAGGCGGACUCAUGGGUAUAAUCAUAAUCAUGCCUUACCAGAGUACGUCAACCAGGAGAUUCAGGAUCUCAGGCCGGGGAUCCCCGAGCGGCCCACCACUCUGCCUCGUAAAGGCUCCAGAGUAGACCAUCGCCUCCCUAACGGACUGAGCUCCGGUCACAGCGUGGAAAACCCAGGAUACUUGGUCCCUGUUCGCACUGGGUCCACCACAUCUCCUGCCUUUGAUAACCCGUACUACCUGGACCUCGUAGCCAAAGCCAAUGCUGUAGCCGGGGCUGCAGACAGUCCUGAGGAGAGAGACGGAGGAGUGCCCAGGCACAUGAAUGGGUUUGUGACCCCCACGGCAGAGAAUCCAGAGUAUCUGGGACUAGCAGACACUUGGAGUGGAUACACUUGAGGAGAUGGAGUAAUGUGACGAACUCAAGAGGAGUCACAGCUUGUGUUCUACUGAGGAAAACGAGGAGCGAGAGAAAGGGAAGAUGACUAUUUGUGUGACAGAAAUGAGCCAGGUGUGUGAUAGAUUUUGGGAUUAGAAAGUGCAUGUGGAGUCGAAUCUCGAUACGGAGCAAUGCAUCCCAGUCCAAACCGGUCAAGGUUGUCCGGCACCGAAUCGCCCAGUUGUGACGCACCAUGACUCAACACAGUGUAGCAUUAAUCUGGUGUCUGUGGCAUCAUUUGUAUUCCUGUCUUCCUCUCAGCAAUCUGCGCUUUCUGUGUGACCAUUAAGUGCCAAAAAAGAAGUUUCCUCAGCCUCUCUAGUAGUCAGUACUUGAUGACAAAAGGAGUUUGAAAAAACCCACCAUGGUACGAGACGAGUCAAAGAACAACAUUUGACGAGAUUAAUGAAUGCUGAGGUUUUUUAAUGUUCAUUUAAUUUGUUCAAUGUCUGUGGUGGUUUCUACACUUGAAGCAUAUUUUCAUUUUUCCUCCACUUGAUAUGCUCCUCAGCCCAGCUAAAAAGAGAAAAAAACCCAUAUAGCACAAAGUGACAAAGUGAGCCAUGAUAUGCACUGAAGGUGGUGUUUAGUAUUCUGGUCACUUUGUCUCUGACCUGAUGGGGGUCUUCAACACACUCAAAGCCAUUUUGUUUUGGCCCGAGAAGGCCCUGCAGCCCAUCUGGCCAGUAAACAUGCUCCCUGAAAGAAAGGCAUCCUGUAUGGAGAAGACAGAGGCAUUGUGCCACACUGAUGUAUGUGGUUGUUAGUGUCUCGGCUGCAGCUACUUUGUGGUACGACAGAUGAGAUACGAGGUGCUGGCAGACUUUUUGAACUGCAAAAAUCUCAGAAAUGGUGUUUUUGUUAUAAAGACAAAAUGUACUUGUGUCUAAGUUAGAGCCAA